GUGCUGGUGGUGGUCACGACGGUCGUGACACCGAUCGCCGGCUAUCAGGUGAAACCGGCCAACUACGCCAAGCUGAUGGAGCAGCAGGAGAAGUUUGAUGCGGCCUUUGAGAAGGAGUUCUACAUCGAGCACACGAAGUAUGUGGAGACGGGCGUACGGUCGGAGCGAUUGGACGAGAUGUUUGAACACAUUAGCCAGCGUCCGGAUAUGUUCCGGUUGGAGAUGGACGACCAUCCGUUGCCCUAUCUGACGGCGGAAUGUACGGCAUGCCGUGCCCUUGUCACCACGUACCUCACGUACCGUCGUGUGCUGGGCUGGGACCGUGAUCGUAUCGCCCAGCAGGCGGCUUCAACGUGCGAAACCCUCAACAUCCUCACGCCGGCCAACUGUCUGAAGAUCGUGAACAAAAACAUCGACAUCCUGCUGUACAUCAUCGACAACCGACCGGCGUUGACGGCUCAGACGAUCUGUGGUAUCAUCUUCCAGUCCGGAACCUGCGUGCUGCAGGAUCCAGCAUUCCUCGACUGGACGAUCAACGUAUCCGGUGGUGGACGGCCCAUCACGGGGUCGAAGACGGGUCCGAACCGUGCGGCCGGUGAUAUGAAGAUCAUCCACAUCACGGACGUGCACUACGAUCCGCACUACCGCACCGGUUACAACGCGGUCUGCGGUGAGCCAUGCUGUUGCCGCGAAGGACAAGGUAUACCGGCGGAUCCGGCCAACGGCGCGGGCGAGUGGGGUGACUACCGUGACUGUGACUCUCCGUGGAAGGCGGUCGAGGAUGCGGUGCGUGCAGCGGCCCGCCAGCAUCCGGAUGCGGCCUACAUCUACUACACGGGCGAUAUUAUCGAUCAUGGCGUUUGGGAGACGACGGUGGCCGGUAACAUCGUAUCGAUGACGCGCACCUACCAGCUGUUCCGUGAUGUGUUCCCUGGCAAGCAGGUGUUCCCGGUGCUCGGUAACCACGAGAACAAUCCGACUAACGUGUUCGCACCGAGCUACAUCGAUCGCCAGGACUUCUCGGCCAGCUGGCUGUAUGACUUUUCGGCUGAUCAGUGGUCGGGCUGGUUACCGGCCGCCACCCAGCAAACCAUCCGCCAGGGUGGCUUCUACACGGCUCUGGUGCGGCCCGGGUUCCGUAUCAUCGGCAUGAACAACAACGAUGCGUACACGUUCAACUGGUGGAUCCUGUACGAUCCGCCCUAUCUGCGGGCGCAGCUACAGUGGCUGCACGAUACGUUGCUACAGGCUGAGGCCGCCGGUGAGAAGGUGCACAUUUUGGCGCACAUUCCGAUCGGCGCUGGCACUAGCUAUCGUACCUGGGCACGUCAGUACCGUCGCAUUUUGGACCGGUUCUGGGAUGUGAUUACGGCGCACUUCCACGGCCAUACGCACGCGGACGAGUUCAACGUGUUCUACUCCCUGUCCAACCCGCAGCAUGCCAUCAGCGUCGGUUUCAACGGUGGUGGUACGGUGCCGUUCAGUAACUACAAUCCGAACUACGUCGUGUACUACGUUAACCAGCAGGAUUACCAAGUGACGGACUUUGAAUCGUGGUACUUUAGCCUGACCGAGGCGAACCAGAACCCGGCCCGUAACCCGAUCUGGAUGCAGCUGUACUCGUUCAAUCGCGACUUCCAGCUCUCGAACGUUAGCCCGGCAUCACUGGACACGCUGGUGCGCCGUUUCGCUUCCAAUCCGGCCGAACUACGGCGUUACUGGGAGUUUAAGGUGAAGCGCGGUGAUCCGUUCAUUGCCGCCGGUUGCAACGGUGACUGUCUGCUCAACCACCUCUGCCAGAUCGUGACGAACGAGGCGAACGAUGAUAGCAAGUGCAAUGCGCUGGCCGCCAUCUUCCGUAACCUGGACGACGAGCUCUUCAAUGAAGACGACAGCGACUACUAG